CUCUUCUGCGCAAAUUUUAACAACACAAUUUUUACUUUAUUAAUCUACGUGAAAAUCAAUUUUCGCCAAUCUUUUUAGGACAGAAGACGUAUAAUACGGAGUAAUAGUUGAAUUAGAAAUAGAAAUUACUCUAAAUAGGAGCAAAAACGUUUUGAAAUUCCAAAAUAGGAGUAUCAUGUUUUUUAUUCCCUGAAUAGGAGUAAUCUGCCAAGUUUGGAAGAAAAUGCCGUGUUUUAAACCCUAGUAAUGCCAAACUUGGCAUAAAUUUACUCCUAUUCAAGGAAUAAAAAACAUGAUACUCAUAUUUUGGAAUUUCAAUUUUUUUUACUCCUAUUUAGGGAAUUCUCCCUAGUUGAAUCACCCGGCCAAAUCAUUUUUUGAUCAUCUCGGUAUUCCAAAUAUUCUUAACUUAUUUAAACAUGAUCCAACAACUCACAACUUAACUCCUACGACACCUAUGUACCCCCAAAAAUAAUUUACCCCCCUUUCCCCUCAAUCAAUUUCAAAACACUUCAAAAAAACACCCGCUCCAAAUUUUUCCCACAUCCUCACCUUCUUCGUUGCUUCCCCUCUCCCUUGCUCUGUUUCUUCCGAUUAAUCCCCCGAUGAAGACCAGCCUUCUCCCCUGUAACCCCCCCGACGUUCGAAACCCUCGACCCCGCUAACCCCGUCAACCCCAGUCGAAGACCAGCCUCCUUCUCCCCUGUAGCCCCCCCGUCGAAGGAAACCCUCCACCCCGCUAACCCCGUCAACCACAGUCUAAGACUGUUGUCGCUGCGCAUUUGAAGCUGCGAACCCUCCUCCCGGUCUCCGUCGAAAAUGGUGCGAACCCCGCUAUCAACCAUGACCGAAAGGGCACUUCAACUCCAGAUUCCUUUGAGCAAGCAUUUCCCUGCACAGUAUUCUGUGUGCUCGGAUGUGAAAUGUGCUUCUAAGUACAUUCAUGCGAUACUAUCUAAGAAACAAUUGGAAAUUUUCCGGCAGACACCAUGGGGUCACUUUAUUGAUAUUCCUGAUAUCCAGUUUUGUGGCCAAAUAGUCCACAUGUUGUUGUUACGGCUGGUGAAGCAGCAACCCGAUGAUGAGCUUUGGUUCAAUGUUGAGGGUAAACUUAUAGAGUUCACGUACAACGACUUCUGCCGCAUAACCGGAUUACCUGUGGCAGCCCUGAGGCCUGUUGUGGCUGAAGAUAGUGACAACGAUGAUGAACAAGCCGAAGAAGAGGAAGAACCAGGAGAGAUUGCUAAUACAUACUUUCAUGGAUCACUGGAUAUCACUUUCCAGAUGAUGAAGGAGAAGGUUCAAUGGUUAGGUGGAAAUAAAAAAAGGAAUGGUAUGCUAGGGGUGAAGCUUGCAUCCCUCUUCGUAGUUGAGAACGUGUUGAUGGGAAGAGACAGAACAACGAGGAUCAACCGGAGGUCGAUUCAGCUUGCGAACGACUUUGAGGAGUUUAAGAAGGAACCGUGGUCCAGAGAUGCUUACCACUUGCUUGUCACACAUCUGAAGGGUCUUCUUGAUGGACAGCCAAUGAAGUUCUUGGACAGUAAGGCUAACAACCCUGAAUAUAAAAACGCCAAGUUUUCAGUUUACGGGUUGCCAUUGGUCCUACAGGUGUGGGCUUAUGAAAAAAUUCCUAAAUUUGGGGAACACUUUGGCACCCGUGUUGGUAAUCGUGAAGUCCCAAUGCUAAAUUGGUCAUGUCAUGGGAAAUUCCGGUCAUCUAAGAUACGAGAAAUUGUCUUUGUUGAUGAGUUGCGUACACCCCCUUCUUCCGAUGCUGAAGAUGAAGACAAUAUUGAAGUUGAAACAAGGGAAAGAGUUCAAGCAAUGUGUUUGGACAUUGAUGAGAUCAAAAGCAGUCUUCAAAGGCUGGACAAAAAAGUGGAAGAGGAGCUUGGUGAACUGAAACACUUGUUGGUUCAGGUUAUUGAUACAGUCAACAAGGCUUUAAAGGAAAAGGGGGGUCCUUCUGCCCCAAGUGAGCUGGAAGAACAAAAUGAAGUUGGUGCAACAGAUGCUGAAGGGGAGAAGAGUAAUGCUGUUGUUGGUGAACCACAACAUUUGGGUGAACUGGAUAAAUCUUGUCCUGAUGUUACUGAACAUCAAAAUGUGUGUGCAGAUCCUAUUGUCAAUGUUGCUACUGAGCCUGAAGGGGAGAAUUCUAUUGCUGUUGAUAGUGACGCACAAAAUUCGGAAAUAGAUCCAGUAAAGAUUGUAGUGGACGAGUUGAAGUGGGAAUCUGAGCAAAGUAUGACAUGCCACAUGUAUGAGGAGUGUCACACUCCCACAAAUCUUUUGAUGUGCCUAAAAGAGGUUGAAGAUGACAAGAUCCCUGCUUUGACAGUUCCAUUCGAAAGCUUGGAUUGGGAUGUGGUUGGUGAUGAUGUUGGAACUGCUGGGGUAGACAUGAAGGCCAUUGAAGAGGCGAGUAUGAAAGAAUUGAGGAAGAGAAAGCGGUUCAAAUCUAAGUACAUUUGUAGCCCAUUCAUUGCGCCGGCGGCUAAGAGGCUUAAGGUUGGAGGACGUGAUGGUGAGUAUGAUUCUUUCAAGGCAUGGGUGGAGGAAAUUGAUGGUAUUGAACCUAGCGUACUUCACCUAGAUAUUCCAUCAUCUUACCCGACAAAUAGGAUAUUCUUCUGAGAGCUAAUGGAUGAAAAUGAAUGGCUAAGUAGCGAGCAUUUGGAUGCUCUAGUUCUUCUGUUCCGCAAAUCCAUAAAGACCGCGGCCUAUGAACUCAUGAGCCCUUUGUUCGCGUACCAACUUUUACAGAAGGAUGCAGCAGAUGACAAACAAUGGAAGGGGGACCGAUUACUCAAGAAAAUGGAUUGGAGUCGAUAUGAAAAGGUGUUCAUGCCUGUGCACAGUGAUGGAAAACAUUGGGUGCUAUCUGAAAUUGACCUACUCAAUAACGUCGUACGGGUAUACGAUUCUUUGAAGACGAGUAGGUCGGUUGCAUCUGUGAGGCUUUUGUGUAUCCGACUUCCACUCCUGUUUCGGGUCAUCAAAUGCAACCCUGUCGUUACCUCCAUAGCCCAUUCACAUCCUUGGAGAGCGGAGGCAGUGGAUGAUGUUCCACAACAACACUCAAGAUCCGGUGUUUGCGGAGUUAUGGUAGCAGCGUUCUGUAACAUAUUGAGAGUCAUAAAUCGAUUCGUGAAUAGCAUCCAAGAUUUUUUUUUUCUGUAAUUCCUCCCAUUUUUUCCGGUACCUUUUUCAUAAUAUGCCAUAAACACCAUUUA